AUGCACACUCGAAGUUCAGGUACAGAAAAUUUGAUUCCACUUGAUCCUGAAAUUGAAGCUACAGCAAGAAAGCAAUCCGGUGAGCAAAGGAGAAACAAAAACAAGGAAACUAUGGGCGAAGAAGUACCAGCGAAAUCUUUGAGGGAGUAUGGUAUGCCAGACACUACAGGCGUCAUGUCCUCUAUUCUCAGACCAGCUGUCACAGCUACUCACUUCGAGCUCAAGCCUCAGUUCAUUCAAUUCAUCUCUAAUGAUUCUUUUGCGGGCUUGGCUUCUGAAAAUCCAGUUGAUCAUCUCGAGAGUUUUCUUGAAAAGUGUGAUAUGAUAAAGCUGACCAAUGUCCCUGAUGAUGCUAUCAAGCUGCGUUUGUUUCCAUUUUCUCUUCGGGAUGCAGCUAAGGAUUGGUUGAAAGAUGAAGGGCCAAACAAAUUUACUACUUGGGAUGUCUUAGCAAAGGCCUUUCUACUCAAAUUCUUUAGCCAAAAGAAGACUGCCAAGCUAAGGAAUGACAUAUCUAAUUUUCGUCAAGAAGAUGAUGAAUCACUACAUGAUGCUUGGAAAAGAUUCAAACGCCUUCAAAGGCAAUGUCCUCACCAUGGAAUUCCUGAUUGGUUGCUGAUCCAAACAUUCUAUAAUGGGUUGACACAAGAGUUUCGAAUCUUUAUCGAUGCCGCAUCUGGCGGAUCAGUUAUGGCAAAGAGUACCGAAGAUGCAAGAACUCUUUUAGACGAGAUGGCGUCUAAUGACAAUUAUCCUUACAGUGAUCGAAAUCAACCCAAGAAGGGUGGUAAGUACGAUGUUGAUGCUUUAACCAUGUUGACGAGUUCUAUGAAAGAACUGGCUAAUGAGAUCAAGGAGCUAAAGUCUGGAUCUUCAUCUACAGUUGCUUUGUGUGAAAUAUGUGGUACACAAGGGCACACUCAAUAUGCUUGUCAAUACAAUUCAUCUGAUAUGGCUAUGGAGCAAGCAAAUGCCCUUUACAAUCAGAAUCAGAGGCAACAAUACAAUCCUUACUCCAACACGUACAAUCCUGGUUGGAAAGAUCAUCCAAAUUUCUCAUACAAGAAUAACCAAGCUCAAUCUCAACCACCUGGUUUUCAACCAAGAGCACCUUUCAAUGCACCAGUUCAACCACAAAAAUCCAACUUGGAGACUCUCUUGGAAGGAUUUAUUUCAACACAGGUAAAGAAAAAUGAUGGAAUUGAUGCAAGUAUCAAUGGCAUCGGUGCAAGUAUCAAUGAGAUGAAAGCUCACAACAAGGUAGUCUAUCUAGGAAAGCCAAGAGGCUGA